AUGCGUAAGUUAUUUAAAUAAUGGUAUAAUGGCGUAAAUAAUAAUAAUAUUACAUCUGAAGGCAACCCUGUAUAAGGGAAGCUUUUUAAGGUUUAAGGUUUUCCUGUGUUUUUAUAUAUUGCUGGAAACUGGCCAGGGGCCUGGGGCAACCCAGUCAGAUGGGUGGGGUAUUAAUAAUAAAAUUAUAAUUAUAAUAACUGCAUUGCAUUGGGCUAGAUGACCCUCAUGGGUCUCUUCUGACUAUGAUUCGAAGAGAGAGAGAAACCAGGGUGUCAUCCACACAGACACAUCUGGUCUCACCUGCAAGGUGUGGCAGGCAGACAGGUGUCCUGGGUUCAACCCUCUGCCUGAAUCCCUGGAGAGAUGCUAAUGCCAGACAAAGCUGAGCUUGGUAGAUCCCAAUGCCUGGACUGGAGCUCUGCACUGGGAAUUUUGUUGCAGGAAUUUAUGUACAGGUUGGAGGGUGUUUGCCCCUCCAGCAGAUAUCCUGCACCUGCAGCCCACUAUCAAAACCAGCACAAUCCCUUUUGUGACUUUUGUGACUUGUCCCCACAAAACACUUCGUCACAGUUUCUUUCUGUCUAUUCAAAGGGCCUUUGCUGCACGAUACCAAAUGUAAGAAUUCACUGAUAAAUGUACCUAUGUACUGGCUCACUGGGAAAACUUCAGAAAUUCAUCUAGACACGUGAGCUCAGCCUCUCAGCAGCCCCUCUGCCUGAGUUAUAAUUCCUGGCCUCCUGAUACCUGAGUGCCAGACAGGUAGCCAUUCCAAAAAUAACAAACCCAGAUGAAGGCAAAAGGGUGGGAUUAACUUGGCUGGGAAACAGGGAAAUGUAAAGAUCUCUUUUGUUCUACUUUUGUUCGGUGGAGGGCAAGGAGAACCAUGGAGCAGGGUCCAGGAUGCUCAGAUUCCUGCCACCAGACCUCCCCUUUCAUGAUGUUACCGUGAUGUAGUUUGGGGGGUGUAACAUGGGGAUGAGCAGCUAAUAAAAGUUUGGGGGCUCUUUCAUUCUGGGCUUACAUCUUGUUCCACUUUGUUGCGACAGUCUUCAAUCAAGACCAAGCCUCCUGGCUGCUCUUUUGCUCUGGUAUUCCUGUCAGGGGUCCUUGUUUUUUGUCCAAGGGAGCCCUCAGAUUUCUCCGUUAACAAUUUCUGCUGGAAGCUGUGGCAGCAUAUUUGCCACUGCAAGGGCCUCUGUUAAACUGCAGAACUCCCCCCCACAAGAGGCAGCGAUGGCUUUCUAAGAGGAUCCAGCAGAUUCUCCUCUCCGCCUCCCCAGCUGGAGACAGCGAUGGGUCGCAGGGGGUUCGACUAGAUGACUCUGGGGUUCCCUUCCGACUCUGCGCUUCUACAGAGACCACGGGGUGGGACAGAGUUGCUCUUGUGUUCGAAUCCCGCUUGUACAUUUCCCACCUCGAGUGUCCGGUCAGCCCCUGUGACAACAGGACGUGGUGUCCUUCCUGUCCCGGGUGCGAUUCCUGCCUUGCUUGGGGUUGGGCUGGAUGACCUUUGGGGGGUCCCUUGCAACUCUUCCAUUCUAGGGUUCUGCUUUCUCGCGCAGCAGUGGCCAAACCCGGCAGAGAGAGGAGACGGAGCGUCAUGAAGGCAGCAGUGCAACGUGCCGGGCCUCAACCUCCAGAACCGCAAAACCGUUUUGCAACCCGGAGCUCCUGCUUGCUGCCUGGAAGCCGCCCCUCGAAAAAAACCCCUGCCCCACUUCCUGUCUGGGCAAAAGGAGCUUGCGGCUUCCCUUCUCCCACUGCCCCUUUGAUGUGGGGCAGCUGCUGGCCCCAGAGGGAUCUGCCUUUGUUGCAAUUGGGCCAUGGCCCAUCUUCUGCUUUUGGCAACCCUAAAAGAUUGCAGCUUUGCUACCUACGUUGCAUGGCUCUCUGUUUGCAGCCUGAGCCACUUAGCAAACCUAGAACUGGUUGAUGGGAUUACCGGGUUUGGACACCUCUGAGGUUAAGUCCCAUCCUUGCUAAUCAACUUAAACCCCUAGGAUAAGACGCCAGACGUGUUUCUUAUUUCCUUCGAAAGCUUGUUUUAGCCUUUAUUGUACAAAUAAUUCCAUAUUAGCAGAAACUGAGUGAUGUUUGUAAAGAAAACAAUUAGAGGAAUAUAUACAAAGUAGAUAUACAAUGCAAAUCUGUGUUAAAAAAGAAUGUUUAUAUUACAGUAUAAUGAGAAGGAUGGGAAGGAUUGUGUCGAUGAACACUUUUAUUGUGUAAAUAAUGUUGUCUUUUCCUCUUUUGAUUUUUUUUUUUACUUCGUACCUUUGUUAUUUGUUUAUUUUUUUCCUUUUCCUCUUUUUGGUUCCUUUAAAAAUUUUCUAUUCUCUACGUCAUUUUCUUUUUCUUCAUAUGUAAAGAGAUAGCAUAUGAUGUUUGUAUAGAUAGGGAAAUUUUUAAUCAAUAAAGAAUUAAAAAAGAAAGCUUGUUUUAGCAUUUCGUUUUAUCAUGCGUAGAAAAGAGACGGAACGACGACAGCGACAGAUGAAAAGGAAGAGAGGGAAAAGAAAGCUAGAGGAGUCCAGUUGCAAAUGGGUUGAAAUAACGGAGUCCAAGGUCAGAAAAGCAGCGUGAUUUGAUGGGAAAGUCCCAUUCCAGAUUUGCUAGGAUUGUCCUGAAAGUAAUGAUGGCUCCGUUGUCCCAAAAGAGUGCCAAAUCCUAUAAAAAGGCACAUUUAGGAUCCAGUCCGGGGUUGUCUUCGGACUACAGCUCCCAUCAUCCCUGACCACUGGACCUGCUAGCUACAGAUGAUGGGAUCUGUUUCCCAUUGAGUUGCAAUGAUUUUAUUUCGUUUGUUCCGUGAAAUUUAUGUGCUUCUGGAGGGUAAGAAAAAAAUUCUCAAAGUGGUUCACAGGAAGAUAAAAGGAGAAAAUCCAGAAAUAUUCGCAACCACCCUUUAAAACGUACACAAGUUUAAAUACAAAAACGGAGGGCGUCGCCUCAACUUCCUAUAAGCAUCUGGGCAGAGGAGAGGGAAGGCACCUGCUUGAUCUCAAGUGGCAGGGAGUUCCACAGGGCAAAGAUCCAGUUCCUGCAAAUGUGGAACGGGUAUCGUGAGGCCUUUGUAGGGGUGCCAGUUCCCCCUGACCGAAGUGCUCAAGUAGACACAUGUGGGGUCAGGGGACCUUUCAGGUAAAUUGGUCCCAAGUUGUUAAGGGCUUUGUAUACUAAUAGCAACACCUCGAACUCGGCCCCGGAGCAAAUUGGCUGCCAGGCCUCCCUCCUGUCACCAGUCGUAAAAAUAGAGCCCCAGAGGCCUGCUGGGCGGCUCAGUCGGUGAGAGCCUGGUGCUGAGAACGCCAUGGUUGCAGGUUCGAAGCCCAUAAGGGGCAGCUGCCUUGUGGGGGGUUGGACUAGAUGACCCUCGGGUCCCUUCCAGCUCUAGGGUUCCAUGAGCUUUCCUGGCCUGAUCCUGACCGUGUCCUGGAUGGCAUCCUGAUCUCCGAAAAAGGUCGCUCAGUUUCCACCUCCUGUAAGAAGACAAAUUCCCACCCAGACGAUGCACUUGGGAAACAAACAAAGGCCGAUUCUUGCUGGGAUUAUAUUCUUUCAACUCCCAAUUAAGCAGAAUAAACAAAAGGGGGAAUGGAGGAGGCAAACAAUGGAACAAUGGGAUAUCUUGGUCUUGUGACGUUUAGUCUCGUCUCCGUUGAGAUACAUGGGCUCCAAACUGUUCCUGCCCCCCAAAUUUGCCACGGUCCCCCAGCCCCAAACCUGGACUCCCUUUUCAGUCCAGGUGGAGAGCGGGUUGGUGUGAUUGACGCCCUUUUAACAUGUUUGGGGGGGCGCAGGUGGGGAUAUUGGGUGGUUGCUGUUGUUAUUUUGAUUCUGCAUCUUGUGGUUUUAUGUUCUGAUUUUAUUCCGGGAACCGACCUGAGAGCCCUGCAGGUGUCGGGCGGUCUAGCGUCUUCGCAGACACAAUUUCCGGCGUCUGCACAGGCGCAAUUUUCAGCAUUUGAGCAUGCGCAGACGCAAUUUCUGGGUUUAGCGCAGCGCACAGGGACUUGCCAAGCGGGUGGCUCAGUUUGGGGCGGCUCGUGGGCCACUUGUGGCCCAAGGCCCUUAGGUUGCAUACCCCUGGCCUUAACAGUGAGUCCGUAAGUGACUGUGGAGGCCAAUUCUGGACCCACACGCCCUUCCACAGUGGGGACAUUGGUUUCCGGGUGAGAGUUGAUCACAGUGUGGAUUUGGCAAGCGUGCCUUCCUCUUCGCACGUUUCUCCCUUGCGUCCCGAGUUCGAGCAUCAGCAGGAUAGAACGUCGCCAGUAAAGCGUAAAGAACACAGAAAAAUUAACCAAUUGCCGGAGGAACAAUUAGAAUCAAGGAAACACUGUGUGGAUCUACACAUAGGGGGGAAAACGCUAUAAAUAAGUCAGAAAUUCAAUUGUUAGAACCAAAGGGGGAAAAAACACAAUGGAAAAUUGCUUAGAUUUUCAUUGGCUCUCACCAGCGCCAUCUGGUGCCCCAUGUUUAGAAUGCAUAAUGCAGUUUUUUUACUAAUGAGUCAGAUGUCGCAGGAAAACCCAUAUUAUACGAUUAACAAAUCGAGGUGGCGUUUAUAAUCUAUAAAACAAUAUUAACAUCGUAAGCUAAUAGCAAUAAAAAACUCAGCCCUGUUCCUACACAGACUCCACACCCCAUGACUCACAAUCUUUCCACAGCGUCAAGUUGGUGUAUACCUGCCGUUUAAAGCUCAUUUCUCGCCUGGCCCCAAAGAUGCCAGGAACUGUAGUUUGCUGUGGGUGCUAGGAGCUGUAGUUCUGUGCAAACUACCAUUUCCGGGAUUCUUGGAUGGGUGUGUUGGUCGGAAGCCUUAGAUUCUAAGCGUAUCAUCCUUCCUUGCAGAAGACCCCAGAUCUGAGUUCAAAGGAUCUCCCCGAGCGCCUGGGCGGAUUACAAGCCACUCAGCCAAUGGGAGUUGUGAUUCCUGCAGGGGUUGGGAUAGAUGACCUCCGGGGGUGCCCCUCCGACGCUCCCAUUCUAUGCUUCUCUGAAUUGAUGAGCUUUAAUGAAUUGCUCCAAGGAGAGUAAUAUCCCAGAGUCACUUUCCCCCUGCCUCCCUCCUGGCAACCGGGGGGACAAUGGGGAGGGGACCCCAUUAUUUGUGUCACAAUGCUGAGCUGGGGGGGGCAGCUGGUCGCCAAGACAUGUGCUAGUUGCUCACAGGGCCUUAAAGGAAAGGGGGAAAUAUGGCGGGACACACCUCUGCAGCCCCCCAGCCACAGAUUCCCCAGGACACGAGGUGAGGGGAGGAAUCGGGGUGGGUGAAACGUAGCGUCCAAGGGAAUGGCAGGGGGUCAGACUGGAUGACCUUGGGGGUCCCCUCCGGGUGACUUUUGGCAAGCCACCCUCAGCCUCCAGGCCCUCCUCUGCUGAUGGGACACAAUACAGCUUGCAAGGUUGUAUCAUCAUUUUCGUCAUUAUGUUUGUGGGAGGGUGUAAUUGGUCCAUUUCUGUUUUCGUUGUGGAUUUUGUGUUUUUUUAUCUUGCCUUUUAUUUUUCGUGAACCGGCCUGAGAUCUGUGCACCAAUUUAAUAAGUGAUAACAGGAGCAGUAAUUUGCCGUAUUUUUCCGUGAAUAAGACUCUGGGUUUUUUACUCUAAAAGAAUGUUAAAAAACUGAGGUCGUCUUAUACACAGAUAGUAUCUCCCCCCCAUUUUCUUAAAUUUGAGUCCCCCAAAAUAGGGGUAGUCCUAUACACGGAGGCGUGUUAUACACGGAAAAAUAUGGUAUAUGCACAUUGGACUCGGCCCAGAAGCAGAUCUCAUCCCUUUGCAGGUUUCUCUCUUAAUGAAAACAGGGAUGAUGAUGAUGAGGAUGAGGAUGGAAACUGCGAAUGAUAGGAACAUAGCAGAGAGUAAAUUCUAUUGAACUCAAUGGGACUUAUUUCUGAGUAGAUAGUGUGAGGCUCCCUUGAACAGAAAGGAAUCCACACUCCAUGCUUUUCAUACACACACACACACACACACACACACACACACACAUAUAUAUAUGGUUUUUACACAUAUUUCCAGACAUAACACCCCGUUUUUAAACAACAUAACAAACCUUUGGCUAUCCUAGGCUAAGACUUCCAUCAGCCUCGACGGAUGGUUUUCUAACCUCCUUUCUAACGUUGCAUUUUGUUAUUAUAGUUAUUGCUAUUAAAUCCGUAUCCUAAAUAAACAACUUCUUCAUCCUCUUUCCACACUCCAUGCUUUUCCUAAAGGAUCUCCGUUUUUUUGCACCAGUGACUUUUAAUUGUUCUCUGAAGAGAAGGAAAAGGGGGACAAUCAGAAAUGGAGACGGCUUCUGUAAUUCCAGGAAAAUCGGGACGCUGGGAGGGUCUGCAGACCUCUGAGCCUGGAUGUUGUUGUUGUUAUUUAUUAAAUUUGCAUCCUGCGUCAACUAUUUAUUAAAUUUGCAUCCUGCAGACCCAACUGGGCUUCUGCCUUGAGGCCAAGGGAAGCCCCACAGAGAGGGUCUGGCAGUAGUCCAGCACACCAAAAAGACGCUCCCUCCGGCCCAUUCUAUUCCGACAAGGGCAUAAAUGUAUAUUUUCCUUUAGGAUGCUGGUCGGCUGCCCAGAGUGUCUGGGGAAACCCAGCCAGAUGGGCAGGCUGUAAAAAAUAAAAUUAUGGCUCUGAUUAUUAAGUCUCGAUGAGGGCGACAGUGCAAAACACCGCUAUAUACAGUGCUUUUUUCCUUUUAAAAAAAUGUUUAGAGGUACUCUCAUUUUGACUCAAGAAAAAUCACCAUUUUAUAGUUCAAAUCGGGGAAAAGAAAUACAGCAAAGAUUCACAAAAUGUUUAGGGGUACGCGCAUCCCUGCGUCCCCCCAGGAAAAAACACACUGCCGAUAUAUAUAGAUAGAUAGAUAGAUGUAAAGCCAUAGCGGGCUUUUUUAAAGAAAUAAAAUUUGGGGUAGGUUUUUUUCUGCGGGGGGGUGUGGGGAUGGAGACUGUGGGGGGGCGGUUGCCACGGCAACGGGGCCUUGCGGCCGAGGCCAAGCCUGCCUCGAGUGAGAACUGUGGUUCCUUUGCCCCCGGGGGAUUGUGGGUAAUUGGUUGCCGGCGAGGCAAGGGAGGGGAAGGGGCUGGAAUGGGGGAUUAAUGCCAUGGGGGGGGGAAUGAAUAUUUGGUUGGAUUCGAACUCUUUGCCUCCAUAUAUAUAUACAUAUAUAUAUAUGUAUGUGUAUCCCAGCAGGAGGUUUAAUAUGAAAAAAGCAAGCAGAUUGGCAAUCGAGGCCCAGGGGAUUGUGGGUAACCCUGGUAGGGGCAGAGGGACCAGGGUUCGAAUUCCCCCAGUGACCUCGAAGAAAUAAUAAUAAUAAUAAUAAUAAUAAUAAUUUAUUUAUACCCCGCCCUCCCCAGCCAAGGCGCCUAACAACCAAUAAUAAAAACAAGCUGAAUGAAUACAACUUAAAAACAAGAAAGGGGGGGGACCAGGUACCUGCCACCUGGAGCUCCUCGGAAUAAGAGAAAAAUUGGGGUGUCAGUGCCAUCGAUCCGUCAGUCCAUCAUUCACCCCCAAAUGACUGGCACCCCAUUUCAACGACAGCUGGAGAGCGAGAAAUGCAAACAAAUGCAGUUUUCCCCCCCCAAUAUCCUCUGCGUGUUAAUGAUGGGAGAGGGGGACACAUCUGUAUUUCUUAAAAGAGACCCCCUUUUCCCUCCUCACAAAGUGUAGUAGUUGUAGUAAUAAUAAUAAUAAUAACAAUAAUAUUUUUAUUAUUUAUACCCUACCUAUAAUAACCUCACCUUUCUCUCUCUCUCUCUCUGUCAGCUGCACCACAAACCCUGCAUCUCUUCAGUGAUUACCAUAUAUAUAUAUAAAUACAGAUAUAUAUAUAUAUUUGUGGAGGAGACCAUAUUUCAGGAAAAGGUGAGCAGAUUUUUCUGUAUUGGGUUAAAAACAUUUAUAGGUUUGCCUUUCAUCAAACUGGACUGCAGCUAUUACUGGUCGUUUAAAAUGUGUCCACAUUUAAAAAGGACCCCCCAAAAUUCAGAUUUUUUAAAAAUAGCAAGUUGAACAGUUGCAAGCUAAGCCACGCAAAAGGCUGGGGUGAAUCUUAUUUUUUAUAUAUUUUUGCCUGGGUUAGCCAUAUUGGGACUGAUCUUUGAUUCCACAGCUGGAAAAGCUCCCUUGGCCAGCCUGACAUUAUUAUUAUUAUUAUUAUUAUUAUUAUUAUAUGUGUUAACUGCUUUAUUUUGCCCAGGGCAACUCAAAAGCGACUUACAACCAAAAAUUCCCACAUAAUACAUACAUUAAAACCCACCCACUUCUAAAAAGCCAUAGAUAGUUAAAAGUCAAAUGCUUGGUUAAAAAGGAAUAUUUCUAUUUAUUUAAUUUUAUUAGAUUUCUAUACUGCCCUCCAUCUAAAGAUCUCUGGGCAGUUCACCAGACUUGCCUGGCGCCUAAAGAUAUGUAAUGAAUGUGCCACAAAGAGGGAGCCACCACCGAGAAGGCCCCGCUGUCCUCUUGCGCCCCCCCCGGACACAAAGAAGAGCCCCAAAUGAGGGUCUCUGGGGCCGGGGCGCUUCAUAUGGGGAGAGGCAGUCCUGGCACCAAGGAUCAGCCCCAAACAGCAAAUAACUCCGCAAUGGGGUUGAAUCCGCUUAUCGAACCCUGUCUGCUUGUGCAUCCGUAUCCACACACAGGUAUGCUGGCCCUGUCACAGCGACCACAUAAUGCCCAUUCCCGCUUUUGUAAAAAUUCAAUAUUUUAGUGUGGCGGCCCCUGUACUCUGGAACUUGCCUCUUGAGACCAGGAAUACACCUUCACGGCUCUAAAAAUAUUCAUUUAGACAAGCCUGUCCUGAUAUUUCGGAAGCUGGUGCGAGUUUCUGUCGUUUUUUAGCCUAUCGCUAUUUUAACUUUUCAAAAGUCUUCCAUGGUUUUUCCCAUCUUCUUAUUGAUAAUUUUAUGGCUUUAUCCUUUUUUUGUAAACCGCUUCGGGGAGUUUUUAUUCCCCAGUUAUUUUUAGGAAAUAAAUAAUUCCAUAAAUACCAUAAAGACAGCUAACGAUUUAACAGUAACGGGCAUUACGAGAGCAACAUUUAAAAUGAAAGCAGCGCUUGAUGCCAUGGUCAGAUAUUUAAAAACAUUAAGCAAGAAGGCUGAAAUGGCCGUAAUUUAUAAAAAUGUUAUCAGUUAUAUAUAUUUCUCUCUUUUAGAAGACAUCUGAAGGCAGCCCUGUUUAGGGAAGCUUUUAAUGUUUAAUAGAUUAUUGUAUUUUAAUAUUCUGUUGGAAGCCGCCCAGAGAUGGGCGAGGUAUAAAUAAUAAUAAUAAUAAUAAUAAUAAUAAUAAUAAUAUUCUGUCUCUCUCCCAUCUUCGUGUGCAGAGUAACAAACUCUCCUUCUCUGGAGGCUUUUAAGCAGAGGUCAGAUGGCCAUCUAUCCCAGAUGCUUUAGUUGAGAUUCCUGCAUUGCAGCGGGUUGGGCUGGAUGACCCCUGGGGGUCCCUUCGAACUCUACAUUUCCCUGACUCUAUGCUUCCGUGAAACGCCCUGCAUGUCUAAGUCAGGUCCGCUAGAUGGCCCCCCAGCUGCCCUUCAGCAUGCCCACCCACCCACCCUCACUCCAUAUCUGGGCUCCUUGCAACCCUCUCCCAUGAAACCCCAUGCCGGCAGUCCUGAGACACGCCAGGAAACCUCACCCUGGUGACCUUUGCCUGACAGAGCUUCCCAGACCUGCUUGGAGGCCGUGCCAAGGUCAGAGAAAUCUGCGCGCACACAGAGUCCCGAUUCCCAGCUGCCCGUUUGUCCAGGAAUCUCAUCAUCCACCGGGGCAACUCUGGAACACAGAUCCACCACCCGGGCAGGCUAGGAAGACUAUUCGUUCAUAUCGAAAAAGGCUUGGUUGUAAAAAAAAAAGGGGGUGGUGGGAAUAACAGCACCCAAACCCUCAAAGCGGUUUACAAAAGAGUUAAAUUUACCAGUAGGAGAAACUCGCAGAAAUAAUGUCUAUAGACUUUCAAAAGUGGACCGAAGACAGAUUAGAGCUUUUCUUGGCUUUCUAAACAUCUGGGCUGAAUAGUCUAAAACAAUUUGGUUUUGUUCUGCAAACCGCCCUGGGAUCUCGUGAUGGAAGGGAGGCGUCUAAAUUUCGUAGCUAAAUUAAAAAACGAUUUUAGCAGGCGCCGGAAAGAGGAUGGGGAAGGCGCCUGCCCCAUCUCAAGAGGCGGGGAGUUCCAAAGGGCAGACGGGUUCUUACAAACAUGGACUACAGGGCAUGUGUACGGAGGAAGGCGAUCUUUUCGACAUAUUUAUUGUGGUUAUUCUUGAAAUACAUAUAUGAAAAACCUGCCCUCCUCUUAGAACAGGGCCCUGCCUCCUGCUUCCUGACCAUCCCUUGGUUUUCUUUUCCUUAAGCCGCGCUUCUCGAACCCUCCGCUCCCGUCCAUCGGAGCUUCUGUGCCUUUCGCCCGGUGAGUCCCCAGCCCUUACCAGAUCCCUCCUUCUCCCCCUGGAUCCGAAGAAGGGAUCCCCCCACCCCAAGGCAGGCCUGUGAAAGGUGAGCGGCAGCUAAAGUUUCACCUCGUCCUUUAAGCCGCUGCUUGGAAUGGACCCUUUGACCUUUAGCAGCCUCUAAAUUUAGGCCAAGACUUUAGAGGGAGCUGGGCUAAGGGAGCGUCUGCAAGUGGCAGGCACAAAACGUGCCCUCAAGCACUCCAUGCCGCUGGGGGAGAGGAGCUCUGGAGCCCCCUGCCUCUCGGAGGCAGUGGAGCUCAGCGGUUAGAGCAACCGGGCGGCCUCCAGAUUCAUAGACUUGGAAGGGACCCUGGCGGCCAUCUAGUCCAACCCCCUGCAAUGCAGGAAUCUCAACCCCCCAUCCAUGUUGAAACCAGACUGGGUCCUGCUGGGCUUUGCAUGUUGUGGACUACAAGUCCUGGAGGGCACAAGAUUGGCGAAGGCUGGGCUUGGGCAGCAAUCAGGGAAACGCCAUUCUUUCCCUGCCUCAGUUCCCCCUCCGUUGAAAUGGAAAGGGGUGCAAAUGAUUUAUUCUUCGGUAUAGGCUGUAAGGUCGGCCGACCGUAGGAAGAAAGGCCUCAGAGUGGUUGGCAGAAAAGAGGGAGCAGCCAGGUCAAAACCAGAAUAGAGUAAAACAAAACAAAGCACCCUGCAAAUUAAUCAAACUGGCUUCUUGGGGCUGAACAGGAGGGCAGGGGAACUGCGAGCCACUGCGAUCCUCGUUGCUGCUCAGAGAUCCUGCGAAACUGAUUCGGGAUGGAGGACAGUGAUGUGA